AGUCCCGCCUUCUAAAAAGGAAGUAGGGGUGCGUGAGAACGCCGGCGGUGACCGCGGCCACAGCGGUGACCGAGCGAGAGGAAGGCGGCGGCGGCGGCGGGAAGUCAUUGCUGCUCUGGGUUCGGGUUGGCGACUGAAGGCGGUACCGGCCUCCCGGAACAGCCCGGGGGAGGGCUUAGGUGCAGACGGGCAGGCUGGCCGCGGCCGGUUUGGUCUGGGGACCGCGGGCUGGAGCAGGUGGAAAUUUAAAAUUGUUUGGAGUCAACACUGUUUCCAACCAUGGGUUUGUCUCCAUCUGCUCCUGCUGUUGCAGUUCAGGCCUCAAAUGCUUCAGCGUCCCCACCUUCAGGAUGCCCGAUGCAUGAAGGGAAAAUGAAAGGCUGUCCAGUGAGUACAGAGCCAUCUGGCCCAACCUGUGAGAAGAAAACAUACUCUGUGCCUGCCCACCAGGAACGCGCCUAUGAGUACGUGGAGUGUCCCAUUAGGGGCACUGCGGCUGAGAAUAAGGAGAACCUAGAUCCUUCAAAUCUGAUGCCACCACCCAAUCAAACACCAGCUCCAGAUCAGCCAUUUGCAUUGUCUACUGUCAGAGAAGAGUCAUCCAUUCCGAGAGCAGAUUCAGAGAAAAAGUGGGUUUACCCGUCCGAGCAGAUGUUCUGGAAUGCAAUGUUAAAGAAAGGGUGGAAGUGGAAGGAUGAGGAUAUCAGUCAGAAGGAUAUGUAUAAUAUCAUUAGAAUUCACAAUCAGAAUAACGAGCAGGCUUGGAAGGAGAUUUUGAAGUGGGAAGCCCUUCAUGCUGCAGAGUGUCCUUGUGGUCCAUCAUUGAUCCGGUUCGGAGGGAAAGCAAAAGAGUAUUCACCAAGGGCACGAAUUCGUUCUUGGAUGGGGUAUGAGUUGCCUUUUGAUAGGCACGAUUGGAUCGUAAACCGUUGCGGGACAGAAGUUAGAUAUGUGAUUGAUUAUUAUGAUGGUGGUGAAGUCAACAAGGACUACCAGUUCACCAUCCUGGACGUCCGUCCUGCCUUAGAUUCACUUUCGGCAGUAUGGGACAGAAUGAAAGUCGCUUGGUGGCGUUGGACCUCGUAAAGCACUGUUUGAGAUGGAAAAAUAUAAACUAUUUUUUUCUGAGAGAUACAUUAAACUAUUUUCCCCAAAUUGAAUUGCACUCAUGAUGUAAUGGGAACUUCAAGUGGGUAAUCACACUUUUUCCUUCACUUAACGAAGGAUACUAUGCACUGUUCACUUUUGAGUUGUGUUGUACCUUGCGGUUUAUAGCAGAUCAUUUUGUUUUCUUCCUACUUAGCUUAAGUGGGAAGCAGUCUCUCAGUUUUUCCUUUACCUGCAGUAUUGCCUGUGUAUUUCAUCUCCAAAAGCCUGAACAACCUCUGAAAAAGAGCUUCUAAAAAGUGAUGAAAGUUGCUUUUUUUUCUUACUAUUUUCUCAGGAAUACUCCAGAGAUGUAAAGCCUGAGAGUCCGUGGUGAUGCUCAAGAGCUUUCAUCUGGCCAAAUAUUUUAACUAAAACUGUUCAUUAUAAAUAAGAGGUGAUUAUACCUUUUUUAAAAAAGUUACCAUUAUUUCUAAAGCCCCUAUGGUAUGAUUGUGACCUUUAACAAAAUGCAAAGGUAUACACUGGAAAGAUACUCAGCAAAAUUCUCUCCAAAUUCUGAUUUAUAUGAAUUUCUUGGACUGGAUAGAGUACUUUCAACUAUACCUUCCUUUGGAACAUACCUUUUAAAAAAUGUUCCCUUUAAAUCCUGUUAUUCUAAUAUGUAACUCUGCUCCCAACAAACAGGUCUCCUCAUUGUCCUUGGCAUUUGACAAGUUAUCCCAACUUCGAAUGUCGUUGCUUCCUUUGCUGGCAGCCUCCACCCUUCCCCGCAUCAGUCGGCCUAAUCCAAACCUUGAAAGCCUGGCUUAAGUCCCAGUAUCAGUGAUGGUCCCCCUCAAAAACAUGAUUUUAUAUUUGGCUGAGUGUUAAAAUUCACAAGAUGAGCAUUUUUUUCCCAGAUGGAGAACGCUUCAACUCAGUCUAGAUUUUUUUUGUUUGUUUUAAGGAAGCUCUAAGUUUGCCAUUGAAACUUUUUGUACCAGUAAUCCAUAAACUGGUUGUUCUAUUUAUAGCAGCAUGUUACAAAUGACUGCUUUUUUUUUUUUUAACUGUCUAUACUAUUAAAUCCUUUAAUUUAUCCUGAAUGCUGUAGUGUUAAAUUAGUGGAUGAAAUUGGCAGUCUGUGGGUGAUUAAUUUGGUAUGGAUUUGUCAGUUUUGUGUGGAGUUUAAGAAAUACAACAGCCUUAAACUCUACAUUUCAAAAUACUUGUAUAUUUUAAAAUAAAGCUGAUUAGUUCACAGGUUUUGAAAA